AUGGUUGAACCACCUCAUCCUUCAAAAUGCAUUUCUUGGUCCCCACCGCCUCAAGGAGUAUGGAAAAUCAACGUGGAUGAAUCUGCCAUCGGCAAGCCAGUACCUACGAGUGUUGGAGGAGUUGCCCGUGAUGUUCGGCGCAUUUUCUCAAAGAACAUUGGCAUCAAAGACUCAAACCUGGCUGAAUUCAUAGCAGUCUUUGAAGCAUUGUCAAUUAUGAUUGAAGCCAAGCUCAACCCUUUGUCAGAGAUUAUCAUCGAAAGCGACUCCAAGUACAAUGCAACUUUUAACAAGCUUCUUAAUUUGUAUGCGGACUUCAAGAAAAUCACUUAUAUUCGUGUUUUCAGAGAUGCAAAUCACUUUGCUGAUGCCCUUGCAAGGAUGGGAGUUAAUCGUAACUCUGAUGUUGUGCCUUGA